GCAUUUCACCAGGCAUUUAUCACUGCUGACAUCCAUCCCAAGCCAGCCAACAAGAAGCCACCACUGUCAGCAUCAUGAACACAAGUGCUGUCCUUGUUUUCUGCCUCAUUCUGCUGAGUCUGAGUGGGACUCAAGGGAUCCCUCUCUCAAGAACAGUCCGCUGCUCUUGCAUCAAAUUCGAUGACCGGCCAGUAAAACCGAGAGCCUUAGAAAAACUGGAAAUUAUUCCUGCAAGUCAAUCCUGCCCACGUGUUGAGAUCAUUGUCACAAUGAAAAAGACUGAGGAGAAGAGAUGCCUGAACCCAGAGUCUAAGGCCAUCAAGAAUUUAUUGAAAGCAGUUAGCCAAAAAAGAGCUAAAAGAGCCUCUUAACCAGAGGGAAGCCAAUCGCACAGUGCCGUGACCGACAGACAGGCAGCAGAGAGCCCACCUCUCCAUCGCUUCUUUACACGUCGGCCUAUGGCUAGCCCUUAUUGUCCAUAGUUCUCCUUAAAGGUGACCAACCAUGGUCACAUCAGCUGCUAUCCUAGUGACAUCAGGUCAAUUCCUGCAGAAUGAUGGACAGCUCCUCAUCCUGACACAACAGUAACUCCAGUGACUAGAGUUCCCAACUCUAGAAAGAGCUGGUCCUGAGUUCUCACACAAACAGCUGCAAUGGCUCUCCUGGCGCUGUACUAUAUAAGCUACACUGAGGUGCUACACUCUUAGUCUUGUGUCAAGCCCUGCCUGCUCCUCAACCUCCCUAUCUUAAGGUGUGUUAGCAGAUCUCUUCAGUUACCUAGGUUCUUUUAUUUUAAAUACAGUCACAAUAAGACUACCACCUGCCCGCUCCUAAGAACAAACUUUUACUUCAUGGCUUACAGCCAUCUUCCCAAGGCAACUUCAUAACUCAGAAUACUUACAGGAAGCUAUAAAUGUAUGGAAAUGUGUGUAUAAGUAUUAUUUAAUGAACAACUGUGCAAAGUAGAGUUCCUAGAUGUAUGUUUUGUACGAUUUUCAUUGUGUAUGGAAGAAUUUGUAUAAUUAAGUAUGUCAAUGAGGAAUUAGAGAAGUUUAUAUAAACAAGUGGUUUUGAAUGCUAUACAACACAAAAGGUGUUGGAUGGUUUUUAAAAUAAAAAUAAUGUACUGUACUGAAAAUAAAAGGUAAUAAAGUAAUAACA